GUUUGUCGGGCAAAGGGGUGGCUUGAAAAAAAAGAGGAGCGGGAGGCCAGAUAGCCCUCCAUCCAUAGCAGAGGCCAAAUAUAGCCACCCCUCUGAUAAGGCUGCGGGAGAGAAAAGCCCUUCAUCCAUGGACGACGAACAAGACAGGGGGAGACCCACCAAGGGCAGGAAACAUGGGUCUGAGAAAAAAGGGGAGAAGUUCAAAUUGGAGGUGAUCAAGCCGUCGGCGGAAGAUGGGGACAGAGCGUGUCCUUUCGUGGUUCAAUUCCCGGCCGGGAUCCCGGCAGAACUCGAGGGUUACGGUCGGGAUCGGGAUAAAGGUGUGGUGAACGAAGAUGCAGAAUGGAGAAAGGCAGAGCGAGGAGGAAGAGAUGCAGCAGCAGGAGGAGGAGGAGAAGGAGGAGGAGGAGGAGGAGGAGAUUCGGCGGCGGCGGCGGCUCCCGCUGUGAGGGUGGCAGUUAUGCAGAACAAAGCGCCGUUUCGAAGUCAUCAGCGGAUGGUUGUGGCGGAGACGAAGGGUGUGGAUUACGUCGGGACGACCUUCGCGGGCGAGGCGUCCGUUCAACCCAUCUGCCAGUACGCAUUGUGGGCCGUCAACAAAAAUACCGGACGGAUCAGGGUCAUUCCGGUAUCUGGAAACAAGAUAGUGCGAAUGGAACCCCGCGUCUGGGGCGUCGAUUACGAUGUCAAGUCAUCGGCUCAAGACAAGGAGGAGGAGAAGGAGAAAGAGAAGGAGAAGGAGGUGCCUGGAGAUACCAACGAACGAAUACAGAAACGCAAUAUGUUGACAGAAACCUUUGGAAGCAAGAAGAAUAUCGCGAGAGUGCAAGAACGCAACAGAGGACAGAUCGACGGUGGAGACAAUGCCAACGCCCUCGUCGGGUCCGUGCUGAAGAAGGUGGCUAUGGCGUCCGCCGUGGCUCCUGUCCUUGAAGCAGACUUGCAAUCUCGGAGCGCACGCAACAUCCCGCCUCAUAACUUGGACGCCCAAUCGCCGGAUCAAGCUUAUCCGUUAGAUCUUCUGAUCUCUUCAGAAGAGCGGGAGGCUCUCGACAUCAGGCAGAUGCACAGAGAUGCAAAGGAUAUGGAAGGAGGAGGAGGAGGAGGAGGAGGAGAAGGAGGAGGAGGAGGAGGAGGAGGAGGAGGAGGAGGAGGAGGAGGAGAGGGAGGAUCGCAGGCGAACACCACCAAGUACCCAGACUUCGUGGCCAAACGCCUUUCCUUGCUCGCAAAUUUGAAGAAGGAACCUGCAAGCAACUCAGGCUAUCCUGGACCGGUUGUUGCUCUCGCAUACUUGAACUGUCUGCUGAAGUUUUAUGGAGCGCCGCACAACCUUUUCCGGCCGGGCAAGCAUGAGGCGGAUGCAGGUUUAGGUGAGCUGGAACAGGCGACGCAGGGUUCACAAGUUGCAGAUUCGAUUAGCAAGGGCCUUGGCAUCCCUCCUGUCAUCACACAGGUGUUUCUGAGCAAGUUCAUGGAACUGUCGACCGAGACGGACCGCGUAUCGUACCGCCGCCCUCAGGUGUUAACCGAUCUGAUGAUCGGCUACAUCAUUGCAUUGAGCUUGCAUGUGGACAACUUCGAGACGGAUGCCGGCGAGAUGUGCAUGCAGCUCCAUAAAGAGGCCAAGUAUCUUGGCCCGCGCUACCGCGAGCUCGGUUGCAAAUUGGAAAGAAUGAAAGUUAGCAAACUGGAGAUGGCUGAGGAUUCCAAGUCAGCCGCCGCAAAAAUCAGGGCUACAUUGCCUGUGCCUCUUUCUCUCCCAACCGUGAAGAUUGGUAGGAGACAGAAAGCCGGCGGGGGUUGAAAUUGAAUUACCAUUCAGUAUGCCAAUCUUUCAGUCUAUCAGUCUGUCAGUCUGUCAGUCUUCCAGUCUGCCAGUCUGUCAGUCUGUGGAUCUGUGGGUCUGUCAGUCUGUAGACCUGUGGGUCUGUCCAUCUCUGGGUCUGUGGGUCUGUCAGUCUGUGGGUCAGUGGGUCUGUGGGUCUGUGGGUCUGUGGGUCUGUCAGUCCGUCUGUGGGUCUGUGGAUCUGUGGGUCUGUGUGUCUGUCAAUCUGUCAGUCUGUGGGUCUAAGGGUCUGUGGGUCUGUAGGUAGGUCGACUCGUUAAGGAGAGAAUAGAUAACAGGUGAGUUUUUUCUCCUUCGUGUCCAUUAUUUUUCCUGUUGACGUUGAUGCGGUUGUGGUUCAGGACAUACUCACAGUAGGCCUUUUCUUGGGACUUGUUUCUGCACGUAAUUGCGGUGAUGUCAAUUCAGGGUUGGCCGUAAUUGUGGCCGGAUACACCCAGAACAGACCUAUUGUGAGUAUGACCCCUCGAUCAGUUGUUUUGUCAGCCGGUCGGCUUUGUAAGUAGAGGAAAGAGAGGAAGUGGAUUGGUUUAUUUGUGUCAAUUUUUGUUUGUCUGUGGCAAUUGUUCUCAGCGAGAAGGGUACGCACAAAAAACUGA